AUGAAGGUGAUAAUAAAGAUGAUGAUGAAGAUGAUAAUGAAGAUGAUGAUGAAGAUGAUGAUGAAGGUUUUGAUGAAGAUGAUGAUGAAGGUGAUGAUGAAGAUGAUAAUGAAGAUGAUGAUGAAGGUUUUGAUGAAGAUGAUGAUGAAGGUGAUGAUGAAGGAAGAUUAUGAUGAAGAUUAUGAUGAAGGUGAUGAUGAAGGUGAUGAUGAAGAUGAUGAUGAAGGUGAUGAUGAAGAAGAUGAUGAAGGACACAGCACAGUGAACAGAUGCACGGCUAUUCUUUAA